AUUCAGGUUUUCUACUUCUGAAGUGGAACCGUAGGUGCUGCCGCACCUUUUGAGGAAUAACAAGAAUCAAAUAGCUGCAAUUCAAAAAGGACUUUGGUCAAGCAAAGUGAUACGUAUUACAUGUUAAGCAUUGUUAUUGACUAUUGUAUGACGGCAUGUUUUUCAGUAAGCCUUUGAUCUGAUACUUCCACCUGAAAAGAAGCGGACAUCAUGAAGCAGAAAUUGACAUCAUCAGUUCAAAUUAUUUUGCAACUUGCUCUGACUGCAGUGGGCCUGACUGAUCAAUCAUACCCUGGAAAACCUAAGAUAAUAAGAUGUCGUUCUCUAGAAAAGGAAACCUUUUCUUGUUGGUGGAAGCCUGGCUCAGAUGGAGGACUUCCUACCAAUUACACCCUGUUCUACAGCAAGGACAGUGAAGAAAAAGUCUAUGAAUGUCCAGACUACUGCACAUCAGGUCCCAGUUCCUGCUACUUUGAUAAAAACCACACUAAUCCCUGGACAACAUACAAUAUCACUGUAAAGGCAACAAAUGACAUUGGAAGUAACAGCUCAGAUCCUCAGUAUGUGGAUGUGACAUCCAUAGUUCAGCCAGAUGCUCCUGUAAACCUGUCUCUAGAAACAAAAACAUCUGCUGGCAUAACAUACCUUUGGGCAAAAUGGUCUCCGCCUGCAUUAGCUGAUGUCAGCUCUAAUUCACAUGUAUAUCACUAUGAGCUACGACUAAAACCUGAGGAAAAGGAAGAGUGGGAGGAAACAGUAUCUGUUGGAGUGCAGACACAGUACAAAGUGUCUGCAAAGCUGCAAGCUGGGGUGAAGUAUGUUGUUCAGGUCCGUUGCAUGUUAGACCUUGGAGAAUGGAGUGAGUGGAGCUCCGAAAGACGCAUUCAGAUCCCCAAUGGACAGUCACCUCCUGAAAAGCCUACAAUAACAAAAUGCCGUUCUCCAGAAAAGGAAACAUUUACUUGUUGGUGGAAACCUGGUUCAGAUAGAGGACAUCCUACUAACCACACUUUGCUUUACAGCAAAGAAGGAGAAGAACGAGUUUAUGAAUGUCCAGAUUAUAGAACUGCGGGCCCCAAUUCAUGCUACUUCGAUAAAAAGCACACCUCUUUCUGGACUAUAUACAAUAUUACUGUGAGAGCAACUAAUGAAAUGGGAAGUAACGUCUCUGAUCCUCAUUACGUGGAUGUGACUUACAUAGUACAGCCAGAUCCUCCUGUGAAUGUAACUCUGGAAUUAAAAAAAUCAGUAAAUAGGAAACCAUAUCUGGUCUUGACAUGGUCUCCACCCCCGCUGGCUGAUGUCAGAUCUGGAUGGCUUACCCUUGAAUAUGAGUUGCGCCUAAAACCUGAAGAAGGAGAGGAAUGGGAGACUAUUUUUGUUGGACAGCAAACACAAUGUAAAAUGUUUAGUUUAAAUCCGGGGAAGAAGUACAUUGUACAGAUUCACUGCAAACCAGACCACCACGGAUCAUGGAGUGAAUGGAGCUCAGAAAAGUAUGUUCAGAUCCCUACCGACUUCAGAGUAAAAGAUAUGGUUGUGUGGAUCAUCGUUGGUGUCUUAUCAUCUCUAAUAUGUUUAAUUAUGAGCUGGACAAUGGUUUUGAAAGGGUACAGAAUGAUAGCCUUUAUCCUACCACCAGUUCCGGGACCGAAGAUAAAAGGCAUAGAUACACAUCUGUUAGAGUCAGGAAAAUCUGAAGAAUUAUUGAAUGCUCUUGGUUGCCAUGGUUUCCCUCCAACAUCAGACUGUGAGGAACUACUGAUAGAAUACCUGGAGGUAGAGGACAGUGAGGAUCAGCAACUCAUGCCGCACCAUGACAAUGGUAAUCCCAGUAAAAAUGUAAAAGUGACACCCAAGGAAACAGACAGUGACUCAGGCCGAGGGAGCUGUGAUAGCCCUUCUCUGCUUUCUGCUAAGUGCAGGGAGUCCCGCGCCCUUCCAUCAACACUUCAGACACAAGACAUAAGAGAUGUUCAAGAAAAUAAAGGAGCAAAAAGGAGCUGGGAAACUCAAUGUAUAGCCUCAGAACAGAAAAUACUCCCUUUUAACAAUGAGAGUACAAAAUCGUCCACGUGGCCUGCAGCUCAGUUACCUAAUAAUCAGCCUCCUAUGUUUGCCUACCACAGUAUUGUAGAUGCACAUAAGAUAACACUGAAUACCACAAAUGUGAACGUUCCACCAAUUUUGGUGGGAAAUGAAGAAAAGCAUCAGUCACCACAUCCUAUCAAUGAAACUGUCCACGACGACGUGGAAAAGCAAAGAGAAAUGGAGAAUUUGCAUCCCAAAACUGACCAAACCACAGUGCAGGUCAAACAAAACCGAUGUAAUGACAAGUCACCGUUUUUGAAUCCUAAACUAAUGGAUUAUGUAGAAGUUCACAAAGUCAGACAAGAUGAGGAGCCAGCAGUAUUACUGAAACAUAAAGAAAAUAGUGGAAAGACAGAAAAAUGCACUGUUCCAGGAACCAGCAAAGAAUAUACCAAGAUCUCAACAGUUGUGGACCAUAAUAUUCUAGUAUUAAUGCCAGAUUCACGCAUCCAGCACACAUCUGUGUCUCAAGAACCUGCAAUGGAAACAUCUCAGAACCUUCAGCAAGAUCAAGCUGAGAAAAAUAUGAGCUACUGUCUGACAUUUCCAAGUGAAUGCAAAAGAGAGACCAGUGGAUCAGAGUACAUGGACCCAUCUUCCUUUAUGCCCUCCUUUAAAUAA